AUGUCUCUACUCACUGUCUUGAUCCCGCUCUGUCUCGCGCACGAUGCCUUCGCCAUACACCGCGCUAUCGGCGGUCUUGAUCCCGCAAUAAAGCUCGCCGCCGACCAAUGUUUCUCGAAUCAGACUGAGGACUUCCCCGUAGACGUGCUCGGAUACGGCGCAGGAAAAUGUCCCAUCCUCAUCAACUGCGUGUUCGACAACCUCAGCGCGGCGAAUCAGGCAGGCCUCAGUGCAGGUGCAAGUAUCGCAGCGCUGCUGCCUACUAUCUUGGCGUUGGCCGGUGCAGGACCGGUCGAUCUCAUCCGACUAUCAUUCACUUCACCUUUGCGAGCGGUUGCAACCUGCUUGUUCGGCGUAGGGCUUCCCUCAGGUCUCUUCCGCCAACUGCGUCCCUCCUCCAUGGAAGUUUCCCACUCGGUCUCCCGCGUCGACGAACGCACGCAAUUAUGGAUAAUCCUCACCCCAAUCCCAACAUCCGCCUUGUUCGUUGCUAAGCGCAUUGGUGUGGAUCUCACUAUUGUGGCGCUCGCCGGUGUCAUGCUCUGGCGGAAUACUCUCGUCUCGUCAGUGACAAUAGUAACCUUUCGCUGCGAAUAUUCGUGGCUCUUGCUCUGCUGGCCCAUGGCGUGUGUCCUCUGGCUUAUCCUCGGUGUUGUCAGCCUGCGCGUUCUCGCGAAAGAUGUCUCUAUCGAGGCAGAUGGUCGUCCGACGAAUUGGCUAUCGGUCCUGUGUAUGCCAUACGUCUGUGAACCGCCAGCUCCACCGGUCGCUGAGACGCGCGAUGUCGAAGAGACGGAUGUCUUAGCUCCGGCUGGUGGGCCGACGAAGGAGGACGGAGAGUGGGUGGUGGACACGGAAGGGCAAUUGGUAUACGGGCUGCAUUCCGCAGAAGCAUUGCCAGUCCAGGAGAUGCAGACGCCAAACUCGACAGCCGGCCUGCUUUCGCCAAAACCGCACCCCUCUAGGCCCGCUUCCUCAGGCACUUGGCGCUCUGCCGCGCGCAGAGGAAUUCACUCCGGAGACAGGCACCGCAGCAGGUUGGCGGCCGCGCGGUUGUGCAGAAUCACGGUGCGCAUCACGAUGCGGCAUGCUACUCUCUGGGGUUGGUACGAAGCGGGGCUGGAGGUGGUAGUCGUUGGCAUCUACCUGUACGCCACGUUCGUGCUUGGCAGUAUUCUCUUCCUGACGGGGCAAACGAGUAUCGAGUACACUGUGCUACUGGUGCUGAGCUUGAGCGCCAUCAGGAUCGCGGAAGCAGUUGCCUUAUAG